GAUAUUUGUUUCUGGCUUUGCUUCACCGGGAAGAAUGGCAACACAAUCACCUGGAGGAGGUCGGAGUCUGAAGGGGACGAGCAGCAGAGAAGGGACGGCAAAAGCAACGGUGAAUGAUCAAAUUUCUCAGGCCGUACAGUCCACCGCCAAUCUCAUCCACCUCAUGCAACAGUCCUCUCCGUCCCAGGCCCAACUAAUGAAGCUUCCUAAAAAUCUUUUGGCCAAGACCUCAACAAUCAAGAAUACUGGGCAGGCGUUAGAGCAAAUGCCUCGAGUGAUUUCAUCCCUUGAUGCCCAUAUGGAGAUAGGAUUGCAAAGGUUGUUUCCAUGAGCACAUUUGUUAUUUUGGGUCACCAUAUUUUUAUUUUUAGAAUGUUUAACUUGCUAAAAGCCAUUUUUCAAAAUACAAGAAAAAAGAUUUUGUUGCAGUUUGAGACAUGGGAGGGAAGCUGUACUGACUUCUUAGAAGUUUAUUUAGCAUCAUUGAAUAUGCAAGAGUAAGCACACAUUAGGUUUGAAUGCUUAUGGUUUUGGGACAUCAAAUUUUCACCUUGACUCUUGGACCACGAGGGGAGAAAAAGACCUUUUAAUAUCACCAGUUAAUAAGUUGUUAAGAUAUCAUUUCAGCUCUCUUGACUUAUUUGAUUUACUAAAUUUGCAGUGUUCCUCAUCUUAAAACUGUAACUCAGUUGCUUGCAAAUAUGGAAAGCUGGCAGGUUAGCUCCAUCUCCCAAGCUCAUCUCAUUCCAGAGGAAAAGGAACCUCAGCAAGGAAAUCAACAUUCAGGCAUCGAUGGACAGACCUAACCUCAAAUCCAUUCUGCUAGCAUCUUCAUCAUCAGUGCUCACCAUGGCAUGAAAGAGAUUGGCUCCUAAAAGGGCACAUUGAAUGUAAGUAGAGAACCAACCUGUGCCUUUUUCCAUCCACACAAGGUGUUUUCCCUUUAAGAGCGGCAUUUAGGAUCAAAUUCUUCCUUGACCUUUCCAAAGAAAAAAACAAAGUCAUGGAUCAAUUCCUAAACAUAGAAAUUCUCCGAUUCACGCUCCAUCUUAGGCAACGACUGAUAUUCUCUCUUUACCUUUCGAACUAGGAUCGUUGUUUAUUUAUUCCCUUUACCUUUAUAUUUUUUCUAUCCUUUUCAUAUAUUUUUUGAAAUUAUAAUUUCAUGUAAAUGUAUAAAUAAUAAUGAUAAUA